UUUCUCUACACAGUAGAGACUCGACGUGGUGGAGCAAAUCAACACCAUCCACGUCUGCACACAUCGCAGCCCGGCGUUGUCAGAAUCUGCAAGUUGACUUCGUCAGCUUUGAGAUCCCAAAAUAUCCGACAUUUAAUAACGUCAACUGUUCUCUCUCGCUCCUCAGCGCUGAACUGGAACUCCCCACCACAGCGCAUCGGUGAGCUGGCGUUGAUCCUGUCACUGUUGUGCUCAGUUCCGACAUUCCUUGGUGGAGAACCCGCAGCUGCCCGGCCCCGCUCUGCGACCCGAAUCACAACCACAUACCAAGUUACCCGACAACCUGCGCGAGAUUGAGUUGAGCCAUAUCAUUCUAUUCCCAUCACUCCAGUAACAACCCUUCAAAAUAUCAGACAUUGCCGUGGAUAUGCUCGAUACAAGGCUUCGCCAUGGCAGAACCCAAGAUGCAACUCGAGGACUGGCUUGACGACCUCUGCGUCCGUUUCAUCAUCCACCUCCCCAAGGAGGACCUCUCAUCAGUCGCGCGCAUCUGUUUCCAAGUUGAAGAAGCACAAUGGUUCUACGAAGACUUCAUCCGCCCGCUGGACCCCACCCUGCCGUCUAUGUCCCUCCGCAGCUUCUGCCUUCGCAUAUUCCAGCAUUGUCCGCUGCUGGCCCCCUUCUCAGCCGAGAAUCACAUGCGCGCGUUUGACGAGUUCAUGCAAUACAAGACACGGGUUCCCGUCAGGGGCGCCAUCCUGCUGAAUGAGGCCAUGGACUCGACCGUGCUCGUCAAGGGCUGGAAGAAGGGCGCAAACUGGAGUUUUCCGAGGGGCAAGAUCAACAAGGACGAAGACGACCUCGAUUGUGCCAUCCGCGAAGUAUACGAGGAGACAGGCUUCGACAUCAGGCAGGCCGGGCUAGUGCCCAAGGCCGAUGAGGUCAAGUACAUUCAAAUUUCCAUGCGGGAGCAGCAGAUCCGCCUUUAUGUUUUCCGCAACAUUCCGAUGGACACCGCCUUCGAACCCAAGACGCGGAAGGAGAUUAGCAAGGUUGAAUGGUACAAACUCUCGGAGCUGCCCGCAUUUCGAAAGAAGGGCAACAACUCCCACGACGAUGCAGCCGCCGCGUCGAACGCGAACAAGUUCUACAUGGUCGCGCCUUUCCUGGUCCCCUUGAAAAAGUGGGUAGUCCAGCAGAAGAAGAAAGAUGCCGCCCGGGCGGCGGUGAACAAUCCUCAGCUGGCCAUCCAGGCCCAAGUCGAGGAGCCUCUCACCGAGGAUGACAUUGGGACCCAGACCGAGCCGGUCCCUCCACCUUCAAACGGCAGGCCUGCCAUCGAGACGCUGGAGGGCGCAACGCGUGAGCUUCAGCGUCUCCUCAAGGUGCGACCACCCACUCAGGGCUUGCAACAGACGAGCUCGGCGGCGUCGAAUGCAGGCAAGGGUGAAGCUUUGAUGGCGCUUCUGCAACGGGGUGCAGAUAUGCCGACGCAGAAUCCACAUACACCGUUGGAUCUCACUUACACCAAUGCUCCUGAACCGCACAGUCCGCAUCACCACCAUAUCGCACAGCGGCUGCCGGUUCACGAUCAUCAGCCGCCACCAAACUUUCCACUCCCACCUAGCUCGGUGCAGAAUGCAGCUCCCGGGUAUCACGAGCGAAGCAGGGCAUCUGCUCAAGUCCCAACCCACGUCUACGGCCAGAAUCAGUUCAUGAACUCUCCGCAGCAGCACCGCAACGAGCCCGUCCUCCUGCACCCGCAACCGUUGCCGCCCCAGGUUCAGCAGUCCAUUCUUACCAGGGAUAUCAUACCGACACCGGGUCUUCCAGAUACAGCUGGUCAAGACGGGCAGUAUGUCCAGCGGGCCGGUCCACACCCGCAGUCAAGCGGCCAGCAUUUCCAGCAAGGGCCUCCAAACCAAUCGAAUACUCAUUUGAACAGCGCCUACGCAUCUCAACAGCAAGCUGGAAAACCGAAACAGUUGACGGGCCACGCAAUGACACUACUGAACACUUUCAAGAGCGGCUCUCGGGAUAGUGCUGAAAACAAAGCGCCCGGAGAUAAUACUCAGGAAAAUGCGUCGUUGCAGGCCAGAAAUCAGCACCAGUAUCAAGAGCCUCCGUGGACAAAUGUUCUUGUCACACAUGCUUCGAAUCCCGCAGCCCCGUAUUUGCCUCAACACAUGGUGUACGGUGCGCCGCUGAGAGUAUCGCCCCGCACCAUGCAGCAUGCGGAAGCCCAGCCUGGGCACAAGCAUGUUCAGCCGUCAGACUCGCAUCGGACGGCGCUGCUGGAUAUAUUCAAGAAAUCGGGCCCCAAGUCUCCCUUGAGCAACGAGAUCAGGAUGCAAGCCGGGGCGACCCAGGAGAGCCCCAGCUUUGGCAGGAGAAACGACCCAGGCAGCCCCGCCUACAAGGCACCUUCAGCCGCUGAAACCAUAGCAUCGGCCUCGGAAGCUAACGGCACACCUGUGAGGAUAAAUCCGGAGGUUAGCCUUCCAUACCGGGCAGUCCAGAUUUUGAGUCGGCCGAAGCAGGCAGAGCCGGAGAAGCUGCAGGAUUACGCAAGUACCCAGGUUCAGAUGCAACGCUUGCAGCAGCGUGUAGGCCCGCAAGAAAGCAGGACAACGGGUCGUCAGGGCCUGCCAUCACCCCGGGAGCGCAGCUUUCUGCAGCAGAUGGAGCAAGAAGCCAAGCGGUCACCCCAGCUCACCUACGCCGCCGCUCAAGCAGCCGGUGCCCCCUACGCGAAGCAGUCUCCGUUCAACACGCAUCCCGCUCAGUUAUCCCAGCACCACCAGCAGUAUUUCCAGCAGCCUACGAGCAUGCUCCAGCGCCGCAAAGACUCAAACCCGGAGCAGAGGCAAAAGCUGCUGUCUCUCUUUAGCAAGGAGCAGCAGCAGGAGCAGCAGCAGCAGCAGCAGCCGUCAUCGGCAGUCAAGGGGUUCUCUGCCGAAGAGAAGGCCAAGGGGAAGGAGCCUGCUGGUAUGUAUGACCAGCACCAACAGCUGCCGGACACGCCGCGGUCGUCGCGGGUAGCGUCUUUUGCUUCGGCGGGCGGCAAUGAACCCGCGACCGGCAGUGGCAGUGCGGCUGCCGAUGGAUCGCGGCGUGGUAGUCAAACGCCCAUUUCGCCGGCGGACCGCAGUUUCCUUUUGUCAUACCUUGAAUCGGUUUCGAAUGUUGGGCGGUAGGUGGUACAAGGCGCGCGAUAAAGAAGGGAGGAAGGGGGGUGAAGGGGGCGGCGUUUGUACUUGUACAAGACAUCAUGGAUUGAUUCAGAUCGCAUGGUUUGGCUUGAUGCCGCGAUUUGCUGCCUGCGGCGCUUGGGACCUGGAAACAGACGGGAAGAGCUGGUAUAUUCCGUCGCCUGCAAGGCCAGUGAUGGAUAGUCAACCUGCUCGUCAUUGAUGAGCUGGCGGAGCCAUAUUGCAGUUUGCCUUGCGUAGCGUGCGUCAUGACAAGCGUUCAUACCGGAUUUGGUCAAUCUGGUUCUCCGGGUGGGAUGAAGCCCCUCCUGGUCACUUCAUUCCACACCAAUGCGAGGAAGAGAAAUAUGCAUCUAGAAUCUUGCUGGUUGUGUAUCUUGUUUUGUUUAGAUGAUUCGACAUGCGCACCACGGACGUUGCCUGUGUGCGUCCCAGCUGC